UUAAAAAAGUUAGAAAGCCGACAGACAAAAUCUAAAGCUCAACUUAUCAUCCUUCCUCCUUCAUUUCCUCCUUUCGCUGUUACUCCCUCCUUUACCUGAACUCUCUUGUUUUUUUUUUUUCGUUUUUUGUUUUGGACUUUUUCAAAACACCCACCAACGCCUUUCUUUCCCACUCCCACGUUUUUUCUCAAACGCUCUUCAGCAGACACGCCAGUGUCUUGUCUCUUCAUUCUUUUGAUCCUUUCUGGAACUUCGAUCUUGAUUGAAAUCUGGAGUGAUUCAAGAACUGAGGAGGAAAUUUUGAGCCCGAUCCCACUCUUCUUUCCUCAAACGUGUUUUGCACGGCCUGAACUUAGUGUUUUCACUCGUUCAACAGUCACUCCCACAUGAAGACCAUAUGGAAGAAUCUUAAGACACACUGGGUCGAUCUGGCGUCAUGAAGGGGCCUUCUUGUGCAUACCCAGUGUUUUGAGAUUUGCCAUGUGUGGAAGACACACGGCCGGGAAGUUAAAUUUUUAUUAGAACCCAGGUAAAAAAAAAAAAAAAUGCAGUCCAGGUUGGGGGCAUUGGAGGAAGGGAAGGAACCUACGACUACAUCUAGAACAAAUCAAUCCAGGCCCUUCCCUUUGAGACUAUUGAAGUUCUUCUUGCUUUUCUUGAUUGUUGGCCUCGUUGCUUCAAUUGUUAGCAUUUUUAUGGUUCGGCGUUUUGGAAUCAACACUGUGGCCCUAGUACAGUCUAGUUCUUUUAGGCCCUGCUUUGAGCAGCCAGGGAGCAUAGAAAGCUGGAUUAGGCCUCCAUCAAAUUUAUUACAUACAUUAAAUGACACUGAACUGUUCUGGAAGGCUUCUUUUGUUCCAGGAAUCAAGAGCUAUCCAUUUAAAAGGACUCCCAAGAUUGCUUUCAUGUUCUUGACGAAGGGACCAUUGCCAUUGGCGCCGCUUUGGGAGAAGUUUUUCAAAGGGCACGAGGAGCUUUAUUCAAUUUAUGUUCAUUCACUACCAACUUACACGUCUAACUUUCCUCCAUCUUCAGUUUUUUAUAGGAGACAGAUCCCAAGCCAGGUGGCAGAUUGGGGAAAGAUGAGUAUGUGUGAUGCUGAGAGAAGACUCCUGGCUAAUGCACUGCUUGAUAUAUCAAAUGAAUGGUUCAUCCUCCUGUCUGAGUCCUGUAUUCCUCUCCAGAACUUCAGCAUUGUGUACCGGUACAUAUCACGGUCAUGGUACAGUUUCAUGGGUGCAUUUGAUGAACCUGGUCCUUAUGGUAGAGGGCGCUAUAACGAACACAUGGCUCCUGAGGUCAACUUAUCUGACUGGCGUAAAGGAUCUCAAUGGUUCGAAAUUAACCGGGAACUUGCUGUUAGAAUAGUCGAGGACAGCACUUACUAUCCUAAGUUCAAAGAGUUCUGCACACCACAUGCAUGCUAUGUUGAUGAGCACUAUUUCCAGACCAUGUUAACCAUCAACACCCCUCAUCUUCUGGCAAAUAGGAGCCUCACUUAUGUUGAUUGGUCAAGAGGUGGUGCUCACCCGGCGACGUUUGGCAAGGAUGACAUCAAAGAGGAAUUCUUCAAGAAAAUCUUGGAGGAGCAGACAUGUCUUUAUAAUAACCAGCCAUCAUCCCUUUGUUUCCUAUUUGCUAGAAAAUUUGCACCUAAUGCUUUGCAUCCUCUUUUAGGUAUAGCAUCCAAAGUUCUGAGGAUUUGAGAAUGGCCUAGCUUGACUGAGUUGAAUCUUUGAAGGAGGUCUAUUUGAAGCAUAUGUUAGUUUAGCUCUAAGUUAGCUCCUUCUUAGACACAUCAUACAAUUAAUCAUCCCUUCCACCCUGCUUUGCAGAAAUUUAGUUGCUCCUAGGUGUAUAGGAUGUUGAUCUUAAUUACAUUUUUAUACGGAUAUAAGCCCCAAUUCAUACUAAUUUUUAUUGGGUUAUUAGAUUGUUGCUUGCUGGUUCAUGCAGUGGUAUGCUGCUGUAACCAAUGUAAUAAAAACAGUAUCCUCUUCCUUUC